AUGUGGAGGAUUAUAAAUUUACAAAAAUUAUCAGUGACAGAGAUUUUACUCAGUUUCCUAUUAUGGGCGGCUUUGAUAUGGUUUUUACAAGUUUUAUGGAAAAGGAGACACUUGUACAAAGCUUCCAUUGGCUUACCUGGUCCAUUGGCUUUACCUUUCAUAGGGUCAGCGUUCUAUUUUAUUGGAAAUCCUUAUGAUACUUUUGGUCAAAUAACCCAAAUGUUCAACCAAUACCCCAGCAUAUUUCGAGUUUGGUUCGGUCCAAGACUAUUUUAUGCAGUAUCGGAUCCAAAAUAUUUCGAAAUAUUAUUUACCAGCCCUCAUAUGCUGGGAAAAGAGAAACUUUACGAAUUGGCAUCGCCGGUGGUUGGUGAGGGACUUUUCUCCGCCAUGUCAGUGUCUCAUUGGAAGAAACACAGAAAAAUAAUCAUGCCAACGUUUAAUCAAAAAAUCCUGGACAGUUUUAUGGAAGUGUUCGUUGAACAAUCUCAAAUUCUCAGUAGCGUCCUGGAAAAAUAUGUUAAUCAAGAUGUGGAUAUUUCCAAGCUGAUUACCAGGUGUACUUUGGAUAUUAUUUGUGAAACCGCAAUGGGGGUCCAAAUAAAAGCACAAUCUUUGGAGUCAGAGUUUCCUAAAUGGGUUGAUAGAGUGCUGGAAAUCGUCAUGAUACGCAUUUUCAAUAUAUUUUAUCACAGUGAGGUAAUAUUUAGAAAUUCGCCGUUGGGAAGGGAUUUUUAUUAUUGCACUGGCAGGAUACGAUCUUUCACGAGAGGAGUUGUAGCAGAAAAGAAAGCAAAUUAUAAGAAGAACCGUAUCGUGCCUGGGUCAGGAACUCUAAAGAGGAAAGCAUUUCUGGAUUUAUUAAUAGAAACAACGAAUGAUGGAGACGUUCAAUUGUUCACAGAUGAAGAAUUAAUAGAUGAAACAAUAACAUUGAUGGUCGCUGGUUCAGAUACAACUGCUGUAACCAACUGUUUCACAUUGACAAUGUUGGGCAUGCACAAAAAUAUUCAGGAAAAAGUCCUAACUGAAAUCUUGGAAGUCGUCGGCCCAAAAGGCAAUGUAGAACUGAGCCAUUUACCCCAACUGAAAUAUUUGGAAAGAGUAAUCAAGGAAACAUUAAGGCUGUUUCCAAUAGGCGCUUUUUUAGUGAGAACUGCUGACAAUGAUAAAGGAUGUUCGGUCGUUUUCGGAAUACUCAGAGCUCAUACCAAUGAAAAAUACUGGCCAGAACCUUACAGCUUUGAUCCCGAUCGGUUUUUACCCGAAGAAGUAGCGAAAAGACCUGCAGCAGCUUAUAUACCUUUCUCAUAUGGCCCAAGAAAUUGCAUUGGACUUAAAUAUGCAAUGAUGGCAAUGAAAACCCUAUUAGCCACAGUAAUACGGAAAUAUAAUGUUUCUACUUCGUAUAAAAGUGUCAGAGACAUUGAGUUGAAAACUAACUUGGUUUUGAGGCCGAAAGAUGGCUACAAAAUAAAGUUUGAACUAAGAAAUUUGUAA